AUGCCGGAUAUUUUCGAUAAACUGCAGCCUAUCGUCCAGCGAUAUCAGGAAAUAGAAACGUUGAUGGCGCAACCGGACGUUGCGGCCGACUACUCCCGGCUACAGGAACUCAACCGGGAACGAUCCUCCAUGGAGGAUUUUGUUGGGAUUGACGCCCAACACCGCAAGCUGGGUGACGAACAAUCCGACCUGCGCGCGCUGGUGCACGAAGGCGGCGACGCCGAUUUUCUGGCAAUGGCGCAGUCUGAACUCGCCGAAGUCGAAAGCAGUCUGGCUGCCUUAUCGGAGCAACUUAAGCUCGCGCUGCUGCCCCGCGACCCCAACGACGAUCGCGACGUCAUUGUGGAGAUUCACUCGGCAGCCGGCGGCCAGGAAGCGUCCCUCUUCGCCGGCGACCUGUAUCGCAUGUACCAGCGCUACGCUCAAGUGCUGGGUUGGGCCGUGGAGAUUCUAGACUCAAACCCGUCCGACCUCGGUGGCUUCAACCGAAUUGCCUUCUCGGUAGACGGCCAACACGCUUACAGCCAGCUCAAGUUCGAGGCCGGCGUCCACCGGGUGCAACGGGUACCCGAAACGGAAACCCAGGGUCGCAUCCACACUUCAACGGUAACCGUCGCCGUGCUUCCACAGGCGGAUGAAGUUGAAGUUGACAUCAAAGACGACGACCUGCGUAUUGACAUCUAUCACGCCGGAGGCCACGGCGGUCAAAACGUCAACAAAGUCGCCACCGCCGUUCGGAUCGUGCACGAACCCUCGGGCUUGGUGGUGGUAUGUCAGGAUGAGCGUUCCCAAUACAAGAACAAAUCCAAGGCAAUGACAAUCUUGCGGAGCCGACUUUUCGCCGCGGAACAGAACCGCCAGCAAGUGGCAAUCUCCACCAGCCGCAAAGCCCAGAUUGGCAGCGGCGACCGCAGCGAAAAAAUGCGCACCUACAACUACCCGCAGGAUCGUAUUACCGACCACCGCAUCGGAAGUUCCGUCCACGGUAUACAACGCGUUAUGGACGGGGGCCUCGGCCAUCUCAUUGACCAGCUGAUCACCAACGACCAGGCUCUCCGCCUGGAAGCGGUAACCGCCUAA